AUGCCCGGCAGUGGAGCAUUCUGGGGCUUGACCCCCAUUAUCGACAUCCAGAAGACAACCUUGGCGUUGGUCGUCGGUGUCUCACUCUCGUUCUACCUUCUCACCAUCCACCUGACGGUACCGCCCCCAAUCCCGGGCAUCCUUUACAAACGGAGAUGGCGAUGGAUGCCAGCGGGACACCUCGCCCCCCUCGGCACUUACUGGCUCCUGAGCGGCGAAGCGUUCAGCUGGUUUUCUCGGGAAUCCCUCGAUCUCAAGUCACCGAUCGUGCAGAUAUUCCUCCCGACCUUCUCCCUCAGGAGACCCACUGUGAUUCUGGCCGACCUACCAGAGAUCGAGGAAAUCGCCAUGAGGAAACUGGGUGAGAUGGACAGGGCAUCGCUCAUCCACGACAUGUUUGGCUUCAUCAUGCCGAACGCGACGUUCAGUAUGAAGACAAAUGACAAGUUGAAGUCCCAACGACGCUUAUGGGGUGUUGUUUCUUCAUCGCAGUUCCUCCAUGAGGUCGCUGCUCCCAGAUUCCAUGAGUCCAUUUCACGACUCAUCGACUUGUGGAAGCUCAGGUCCAAGGCCAACAACCAACAACCUUUCAGAGCUACAGAUGACCUCAAAUCAACCGCUUUAGACGCCAUUGGCGCAAUCUCAUUGGGCUUAGACCUUGGCAUGCUCCAACAAGAGAUGCAAAAACGCAAUCACUAA